AUGGAGGACGACUUCCACGUGGACGAGGACUACAUCAAGCAGCUGUCGGAGAAGUACAAAAACGCCGAGCAUCCCCUCUUCAUGGAUGAGCUACCGGCCAACAUCGAAGAAAAUGAAGACCUACAUGCGCUCUACAAUUUAAUGAUCGACGAUGAAGACGAACUAAGUUUGGCCAAAAAUUUUAAACAAGUAGGAAACGACUACUACAAAGAUGGAAUUAAAUAUUUUGAGGAUGCCAUAAUCAGCUACACUAAGGGUAUCGAUAUACUGACGAAGUAUUGGGAGGAUAAGAAUUUGGAGAAGCGCAAGGCAGAGAGGGGUAAACUGACAAAUGACAGAAACAGUAAUGCGCAAAAUGGCAACUCCAAAUGGAUUAGCAACGGGAUGGGUACCGCAAAUGGGGAAACCAGCGCCGGGAAGGAGGCAGUCAAAUCUGAAGAUAAGGAAGACUCCUCUUCUGAUAGGAAGGGCGCGCAGAUAAGCAUACCAAAUGGGUUACAAAAUGGAGAUGGCCACCGUGAUGGCCACCCUGAUGACCUCCGUGAUGACGAAAUAAGGGGCGUCCUGGCCGACCUCCACUGCAACCGAGCAAUCGUCCACUACAAAAAGAAGCGCUACGUGAAAUGCCUAUCCGACUGCCGAAAGGCCUACGCCUUCAAUCAGACAAAAUUCAAGAGCGUGUAUUACAGCAUCCUGUGUUCAUACCACUUGGAAUUAUACAAAGAUGCCCACAUGUACGUUAACCGAUUUGAAGACAUGACCAAAUCGGUUGAUCUGAAAAACCAUAUCAAUUUGAACGAGUACGAAAAGAUGAAGGAAAUCAUUUUCAAAAAAUACGACGACAUUUUAGAAAAAAAAAAAAUAUAUCAAAAUGAAAAAAGAAAAGCGGAGGAAAACGAAAAAAACGUUACGAAUUUAGUCCAAGAUAUUUUACACAAAAGGAACAUUCAGAUGGUUGAAAAUGUAUACCAGCAAACGAACAAUGUCAUCCCUGUACUCUACGUAGAUACGGCGAUGUACAUUCACCUUACCGUUUUCUUGCUAUAUUUCGAAUGGGGAGUCAUAGAAACGAUCGUUGACUUUGCGGAGAAUCAGUCCAUUAUGGACCACUACGAUAUUGUAAAGAAGAACAAAAACAGCCAUCUCCUUUUUUGCUAUAUUGAAUUCCCCAAUGAUGUUUUUUUCAUGAUUCACAGCAGCUCCUACAUCUGUGAUGUGCUUAACAGGGCCAAAUUAUUUUCCCCCAUUUUAUCCAUACACAUUAUCGAGAAUGAGGAGGCUAACCGACAAUUCAGGAGUGGCAAAACG